CGCGGCCGGCGGCGUGCACGGCGGCGGGGGGUGUCCGCCGGCGGCUCCCCGCGUGCUCGGGGCUGGGGCGACGCGGCGUCGCGGGGAGGUGGAGCAGCCCACGGAGAGCUGCAUCCCCGCAGCAGGCGCAGGCGGCAGCCGGAGCGCGGCAGCUCCUUGGCCAAGUGGCUCCGCAUCCUCUGUGGGCAGACGGCAUCGGAUACGGCAGCUGCAUCCCACCACGCCGGGGUAGGGGCAUCCCCCCUGGGUGGGGGGGUGAGGGGGCACCCCCCAGCCAGCGUUGGGGUCCGGGGCGGGGGGGUCCCUCUGCUCGCAAAGGGGUCGGCGGGGGCCGUUGCGGCAGGGCCGGGAUUAGAGGAGGCGUGCGGGGCGGCCGGGGGGGCCCCUCGGCGGAGCGGAGAUGCUGCCCUGGCGCCGGAGCAAGUUCGUGCUGGUGGAAAAUGAACGUAAGUGCAAAGGCAAAAGCCUGGGGCCAGGGCUGAGCUACGCUGCGUUGCUGGCCGGCUUCCUGCGCUCCUGCCCGGACCUCCUGCCCGACUGCCCGCUCGAGCGGCUGGGCAGCGUCUUCCGCGGCAAACGGCAGAAAGUGGAGCUGAACAAGGAGGACCCGACGUACACGGUGCGGUACCUGGGCAACGCUGUCACCCUGCACGCCAAAGGCGAGGGCUGCACGGAGGAGGCGGUGGGAAAGAUCUGGGCUAAGAGCGAUGCGGGGGCUGGCGGGGCCAAGAUGAAGCUGACAUUGGGACCCCAAGGCAUCCGUAUGACCCCCUGUGAGAAGGGAGCCCGCCGGCCGGGCCACGCGUACCUCCUGCACCGCAUCACCUACUGCGCCGCCGACCGCCGGCACCCCAAGGUCUUCGCCUGGGUUUACCGGCACCAGGUGAAGAACAAGGCGGUGGUGCUGCGCUGCCACGCCGUCCUGGUCUCCAAAGCCGACAAGGCACGCGCCAUGGCCCUGCUCCUCUACCAGACCUCCGCCUCCGCCUUCAACGAGUUCAAGCGCCUUAAGAGGCAGAACGAUUUCCGCCACGUCCAGCAGCAGCUCCUGGGCGAUGCCAUCGUCCCCUUGAUCCCCCUCCGAAGGCUGCUCAACACCAAGUGUCCCUACCGCCCACCCGCCGAGAGGGCCCGCUGCGCCCCCCGCCUCAGCUCCAUCCUGGAGGAGGAGGAGGAGGAGGCCUUCGGCACCGGGGCACCCAGGGGGGACAGCGGUCCUGCCGCCGUGCUGCGGCUGGCCAGGGAGAUGCGGGGGUGCAGCCUGCGUGGCCCCCGGCCCCUGGCAUGCUGAGCGGCAGUGGCGGGUCACCCCAUUUCAGGGAUGAGGUGCCCUCCCUGUGUCCCAAGCUGAAGUCGGACCCUCCUCGGGGACAAAUCUGGACAAGACAGCAGCUUAAUUUGCAAGGAAGACCCCUGGGGAGGUGGGUUUGCACCCCGGGGACCCCCCCCGGCCCCCACACGCGAACCCGCUCUCGUGCCUCCUCUGCAGCAGCCAUAAUAAAGUUAAUGUGUGUUUUCUGCAGUGUAA